AUGCGUCGCUGCCCCAGCACCGUCGUGCUCAAGCCCAGCACGAUAACGUUGCCGGAGGUGGUGGCAGCGUUGAUGGCGAUGGUCUUACGGGUGAAAGGAACGAUUGUGCGACAGGCGGCGCGAACAUCCCAGGCCGCCUUCCUGUCCAGCGUCCUACCGACACAAGACUUGGACUUCGACACUGCCAACAGUGACAGCUCAAACCCUUUCACGCCCACAACCCUGCCAGGAAUAAGUCUGCCCAACGGCCGCCACAGGAGCCCCGUAGUGGGGCCGGGAGAACCUGGCCGUGCGGCAGGGCUCGGGGGGGGCGGGGUUUCAGGCUUAGGUGCAGCGAUUUCGGCAGGAAGCGGUGUGGGGCCGACAAGCUCCGACACGCAAGCUGCGGCCCGGUGGGCCUCGAUGCGGCGCCUUGAAGACCAAGGCGCGGGGCUCGGGAACGCUGCGGAUCAUCAGCUGGCACGCGCGCUUCAGCUCUGCAGAGAUCUUCGUGGACAGAAGGCCGGCGUGGGAGGCGGGUCCCUCUCGGUGCACGGGCGAGCGUCCCGGCUCGACGCUCUCCAGUCGACCCUCCACGGCCUUGAAGAAGUCCUAUCCAAGCGGCGCGUCGUUGACAAGACAGCUAGGGCAGAGGCGGAGGCCCUGGGUGGACCGGCCGCCGCGUGGAGCCUGCUGAACGAUGACGAAGGCAGCGUUGGCGACAAGGAUCAGACCCAGGUUGCUGCUUCGGGAAGAGGGGAGGGAGCGGCCACAGGGACGACGACUGCGAUUGGCGGCGGCGGCAGCGGGGGUUGGUUGACAGGCUCACAACUCAAGGCUUUCGAGAAGAAGGUCGAGGCCAGGUCUUCCAUAGAGAUAUCGGCGCUCGAAUCUGAGCGGCGGAAGCUGAGGAGCAAAGUGGAAAUGUUCCAGAGACAGGUGCAACUCCUGCAGCGGGAGGGCGCGGGCCACUCUCCUGCCCCGGCGAACGGCAGCACGGGCAAGAUCGGCGGUUACCCCGCCGCCACCGCUGCCGCCGCCACGGGCGAAGGUGACAGUGGUGUCGGCGGUGGGUUUGGUGCGGCCGCCGGAGAAAAGCGCUUUGCGGACCUGCUGGACGCUCGUCUUGGCGAAGAACGCAUCGUACAGGCCACGCUCGAGGCGGAGCUGGCCUCCCUCCGACGAACCAUCGAGGAAAAAGACGGCCUCGUCGGUGCCCUCCGCGAGGCCCUACGCUCGGCCGCAACGCCCGCAAGCGGUGGCGAUGCUUCAACCGCGAGGGCGGGCACACUCGCCGAGCACGGUGCGGCGCAACCACCAGCACGCCGGAGGAGCGCCGACGGCAUUUUGACGCCGCGCUCCGCCGACGGCCGCGCCGUGGUGCCCGGACGGGGGGUGUUCUCGCCCCAGAGCAGCGACAGCAGCCGAAGCCGAGGGCGUUAUCACUCGCGCUCGUCGCGUUUCCUCAGUGCUCAGGGGCCGGUGGCGGCUGCGGCGGCUGCGGCGGAAGCGGUUGCUUCACGCCAUGAGCGCGGGGGACCGUGGAGCGGGAAUUCCUCCUCUCACGGCAGCACGUACGUCGCCGCCGGCGAGGACAGAGUCGAAGAAAUUCGGCGCCCCCCCCCAAUCGGCGACAGCAACGACGACGUGGAUUCGGAGGUGCCGGCCGUUGGCGGAGCCGGAGGAGCGUCCGACGAGGCAACAGCGCGCAACGGCAACACCAGUGCCGCUACGGAGGCAGGCUCCGACGACACCUCUAACGGGGGUGGGCACGCCGCUGCCGCUGCGACCAUGGUGAGGAACCGGACGGGUGGCGAUUUCUCUGGGCGAGGAACUGCCCCGAAGAUUGCGGAGGGAAACGAUGACAUCAUUUCUCAGGCAACGGCGAUGACCUCGUCGGCUUUGAGGAUGCUGUGGAACUCGGCCUGGGGGGUGAGAUCGAGAGUAGGGCUAGACGGUAGUGGCGAUGGCUUGGAGUCUCCGAGGAAAGCACAACGGAAAGGAGGGAGUUCAUCACAUGCCGUGCUGAUUCUGUGAUGGAAUGGUUGCCAACAUGACAGGACAACAGUCCUCGUUUGGAAGUUCAACGGGGAGAAAGGAGGCGAGGCGUGUGAAGACUGAAAGAAAGUUUUGAAGCAAAGUUUUCGGGGUUGGUUUGAACGGUGAACGAGGUUUUGAAUCAACUCUCGGUUGCUGUCUUGGUUCUCUGAGAGGCAGCGGGUGCGACGUUGUAAUGUUUAGUUGUACGGUUUUAAUUGUGGAGCAAGAAGUGUUUUCGGGAGUGCAUGCGGUGGCCCUUUAUGUUUUCAUUGGAUGCCCUGGUAUAUUUUGUACGCGGCACUGCUGUACGUUGGCAAACGUUUUACGUACUGCUAAAUAGUACAGCAAGAGGUACCGACGUAGAAUCGGGAAAUGUUUAUCUCCCCCUCCCCCACAGGUUUGGUACUGUUCAGGGUGCGUCGACCACGAUUGAUCGGUGGGGCAAGCGUAGUUGUAUGCAUAGUCCUUCCAUCGAUGGUGGCUCUUCCAUGUGCCUGCAAGUAGAAACUUGGCGUUUCUUACUC